AUGCUACAGGCUGGAAUAAUAGACCCACAUGAGUUUCCACUUACCCUUGAUGCAAUGUUGAGCAAAAAAUUUGCGUUCAAGCAAAGCCCACUCAAGCUAGAUACCUCAAAUUCCAUGCAGAUAUUGGAGAGUGUUGGCGAGGACCUUAAAUGUGAACAGCUCAAUUCCGUUGCGGUACUUCUUUAUCCUGACUACUAUAUUUUCUAUUCUACACACUUUGCCAACCUUGGUCAUUAUGUAAUUUCCGACACUUUGCAGGAAGGUGAAAUUACAUCUCCACACGUUCCCGAUCCUACUACCCCUAAAGAUAAUGUGAAGAGGAUGUCUCCAGACAGUUUUAUCAAUUCUUAUGUCAACCAUAUUAUCGAAGGAGAUCUAUCUUCAACUAAAUUGAAGAAAGUGACCAAACAGGGAAAGAAAACUGAUGUAUGA